AAAAGAGUGUCAAGAUGAGUGAAGUUGGCGAAUCAAUGGAUAUUGAUCAGGAAGAUAUUGCUGAUUUUUUCCAAGAGUUUGGUGAUGUUAAAAAUAUUCAUUUAAAUUUAGAUAGACAAAGUGGAUAUGUUAAAGGUUAUACAUUAAUAGAGUAUAAAACUUUAGAAGAUGCUAAAAAGGCAAUUGAACAAGGUCAAGGUGAAGAAUUGCUAGGUCGUGAAUUAGAUAUUGAUUUUGCAUUUGUUCAAGAUCAAGGUUUAGUUGAUCCUAUAAGGAAAACAGAGGAAAGAAAAAGAGAUAAAAGUCCUGAAAGAUCUUGAUAUUGAAAUUGAGUUAAAAAACAGGAGGGAAGAGAUGAUCAAUUACAUAUCCAGUUUAAUACUCAUAUCAACUCUUGAUGAGGUGGUGAAAUCUAUUGGUGAUGUUAUAUCUUUGAAAGAUGCCAGUAAGUAAGAACGGCCAGAACAAGGAUCCCACUGCACAAUUUUGUCCUACCCAUUGAUGAGAAUAAACACAUUGAUUAAGGCGAAACAGUACUCUGUAGUUUGUUCAAAAUCAAAUCGUUAUAUAAUAUUGCAGUAGAGAAUAUGUGUAAUCUAGAUAUUUCAAAACUGCUGUUCAAUCGCUAUUGUUACACAGCACCAACUUGACA